GUCCAAUUGUAUCGCUGUUUUUACAUUCUCUCUCUGAGUUACAUAAAAAUCAACAUUCUGCUCAAACACCAUGACGACACAUUUUAAUCUUCUGAACAGUGCGGUUAAUUAUUUGUGGCAAUAAACUAAAAACAGGGCAAAAAGGCUGUCAGAGCACCAAAGGCCACUUCGCAUGUGCCUCUAUUUGUAAUCUUUCCCUUUCUUUUUCUGAGGAGAAGUUUUCUGGAGAAAGGGAAAAACCGCGGGGUUUUAAGCAUUCCCGGGAGGCAUUUUCUUCUGUUUUUUCACAUUAAAUCCUCCCAGGAUUUGAAUUUAGUUUACCAGAGCUUUUAGGCCGUGGCAGACUUUAUGUAGAAGACUGACUCUGCGCUGAAUUGUUUUAGGGUUUGAUCGGAGAGAAAGUGGAAAAAUAAUGUCUGAAUUUGCGAGCCCUUUAGAGGACCAGCAAGGUUUGAAGAAGAAUUUGAGCAUGGAAAUCGACGGGCCGGUGGCUACGCAGGGGCUGGCAACUGCAGAGGAUUGGCGGAAGGCGCUGAGCGCAGUUGUGCCUGCUGUGGUGGUGCUCAGGACAACAGCCACCAGGGCAUUUGAUACAGAGUCUGCCGGUGUCAGCUUCGCCACUGGCUUCAUUGUCGAUAAAGUCCGCGGAGUUAUCCUCACUAACCGUCAUGUAGUCAAGCCCGGACCUGUUGUAGCUGAGGCAAUGUUCCUUAAUCGCGAGGAGAUUCCAGUAUAUGCUCUUUACCGUGAUCCUGUCCAUGAUUUUGGAUUUUUCCGUUUUGAUCCUGGAGCUCUUCAGUUUAUGAAAUGUGAAGAAAUCCCUCUUGCACCAGAAGCUGCUUCUGUUGGAUUGGAGAUCCGGGUAGUGGGUAAUGACAGUGGUGAAAAGGUUUCCAUUUUGGCAGGGACCUUGGCCCGACUGGAUCGUGAUGCCCCUCACUAUAAGAAGGAUGGAUAUAAUGACUUCAACACCUUCUACAUGCAGGCAGCUUCAGGGACAAAAGGAGGUUCUAGUGGAUCACCAGUAAUUGAUUGUCAGGGACAAGCCAUUGCACUAAAUGCUGGAAGCAAAUCAUCAAGUUCAUCUGCAUUUUUCCUUCCACUUGAAAGAGUGGUAAGAGCAUUGGAUUUUUUAAAGAGGAGUAAUGAUGAGUGCAGCAGUGGAUGGCAUGAAGUCCAUAUUCCUAGGGGUACACUUCAGAUGACCCUUCUUCACAAGGGAUUUGAUGAAACACGUCGGCUGGGGCUUCAACGCAAGACUGAGCAAAUUGUGAGACAGGCUUCUCAUGCUGAUGAGACUGGAAUGCUUGUUGUAGAUUCUGUUGUGCCUGGAGGUCCUGCUCACAAGCAUUUAGAGCCAGGUGAUGUGCUUGUGCGUGUCAAUGGUGAGGUUGUAACUCAAUUUUUAGCACUUGAGAUGUUGCUUGAUGAUGGUGUUGGAAACUCAAUUGAUUUAGAGCUUGAGAGGGGUGGUAUUCCUGUAAAGGUUACCUUGCAGGUCCAGGACUUGCAUUCUAUAACUCCAGAUUACUUUUUGGAAGUCAGUGGUGGUGUGAUUCAUCCUUUGUCAUACCAACAGGCCAGGAAUUUUCGGUUUAACUGCGGUCUAGUUUAUGUUGCUGAACCGGGGUAUAUGUUGUCAAGGGCUGGGGUUCCUCGCCAUGCUAUUAUAAAGAAAUUUUCAGGCGAGGAAAUCACACGAGUUGAAGAUUUUAUAUCUGUUUUAUCAAAACUGUCCCGAGGGGCACGGGUACCCUUGGAAUUUGUGAGCCAUGUUGAUCGCCACCGAAGCAAGUCUGUUCUAGUCACCGUUGAUCGACAUGAAUGGUAUGCAAAACCUCAAUUCUACACUCGAAAUGAUCAGUCUGGAUUGUGGCAAAGAAGGCUUGCCAUACCUUUGGUUGAAACUUUGCCUGCACCUGUUUCUAUUCAUAAUGAUGAAAAAGUGACAACAUUAAAAUCACAGGAAUCAGAAAAUGGAGAAGUUGAUCGAGUGGAAGGACAAUCAAAAGCAACUGACAGGGAGUUGACAGAUAUUGGCACCAAUGUUAGUGGUGAUGUGAAUCUGUCUGAUCCCCAGAAUUUUCUUUCAAAUUCUACAAAUAUCGGUAGAUCCGAAUCAAAGAAAAGACGGCUGCUCCAGGAAGUUGCAGAUGAGGGGCUUGUGGCAUCGGAUGGCACACUUGAGCAGCUAGAAGGUGGUUUAGAUGACAAUAGAACCCCAGGCAAUAUUCCAGGCUUUGGUGAACUGGGAAUAGCAGGGAAAAGGAAUGGUUCUAUUGCAGAGCAAGUUAUUGAGCCAACUCUUGUUAUGUUUGAGGUUCAUAUCCCACCAUCGUCCAUGCUCGAUGGUGUUCAUGCUCAACACUUUUUUGGCACAGGGGUGGUUGUUUAUCACUCUGCUACCAUGGGAUUGGUUGCUGUUGAUAAGAAUACAGUUGCAAUUUCUGUAUCAGAUGUCAUGUUGGCAUUUUCUGCAUACCCAAUAGAAAUUCCUGCAGAGGUUGUCUUUUUGCACCCUGUUCACAAUUAUGCAUUGGUGGCAUAUGAUCCUUCUGCACUAGGUUCAACUGGUGCUGCAGCCGUUCGUGCAGCUAUACUUCUUCCUGAACCUGCUUUGCGUAGAGGUGAUGCAGUGUAUCUUGUUGGUUUGAGUCGGAGCUUACAAGCUACAUCACGCAAAUCAAUUGUUACAAAUCCAGGAGCUGCCUUGAAUAUUGGGGCAGCUGAUUGUCCUCGACACAGAGCCAUGAACAUGGAGGUCAUAGAAUUAGACACAGAUUUUGGGCAUACGUUUUCUGGUGUACUUGCAGAUGAGCAUGGAAGGGUUCAGGCAUUGUGGGCCAGCUUCUCUACCCAGAUCAAAUAUGGUGACAGUACUCCAGAUGAUCAUCAAUUUGUGCGAGGAAUUCCCAUUUAUGCUAUCAGUCAAGUAUUAGAUAAGAUCAUAAAUGGCACUGAAGGCCCACCUUUUCCUAUAAAUGGGAUCAAAAGGCCCAUGCCACUAGUUCGCAUUUUAGAAGCUGAGCUAUAUCCAACUAUACUUUCAAAGGCACGAGGCUUUGGAUUGAGUGAUGCAUGGGUUACAGCUUUGAUAAAGAAGGAUCCUAUAAGACUACAGGUUUUGCGUGUAAAAGGUUGUUUGGCUGGAUCACGAGCAGAACGUGUAUUGGAGCAAGGUGAUAUGCUAUUGGCAAUAGAUGGGGAACCAAUAACCAAUUUCCGUGAUGUUGAGGAUGCUUGUCAGCGACUUGAUGAGUCCAAGGAUCCAGAGGGACAUCUAAAAAUGACAGUUUUUCGUCAGGGUUUGGAGUUGGAGCUUCUUGUGGGUACUGAUGUAAGAGAUGGGUUUGGAACAACACACAUGGCAAAUUGGUGUGGCUCUGUUGUUCAGGAUCCACACUCUGCUGUCCGGGCAUUGGGGUUUCUACCUGAAGAAGGGCAUGGAGUGUAUGUGGCAAGAUGGUGCCAUGGCAGUCCUGUACAUAGAUAUGGACUAUAUGCUUUGCAGUGGAUUGUUGAAGUCAAUGGAAAACCAACUCCUGAUCUACAGACAUUUAUAAAUGUAACUAAGGAAUUGGAGCAUGGGGAUUUUGUGCGUGUCAAGACUGUUCACUUGAAUGGAAAACCUCGUGUUUUUACUUUGAAGCAAGACUUACAUUACUGGCCUACAUGGGAACUCACCUUUGAUCCUGAGACUGCAGCAUGGCGUCGGAGGACCAUUAAGGCAUUAAGUGAUGAUUUUAGUUCAUGAUUCCUAAUAUGAUUCCAUGUUCAGUUGUUCAUUUGAGCUCAUUGCUCCAUUGCCCACUCCUACGGAAUCAAGGGCUGGGCAUAUGUUCUCAUAGCAAUUGGAGGCACGGAGCCAAGUUUGUAUAGCAUCUGGAGGUUUCCUCAAGGUCCUCACUUGUUUCAGAGCAAUUGUCGUGUAAUUUAAAAUUACAUUGUCUGAUCAAUGAUUCCAUAGCUUUCUUGAUCUGCUAGAUGAGAAAUAUUAAUAGGAUAAUAUUAGUUGGAAUAAUGCUCCAUGCAAAUUUGAGCGUUCACUUUAAUAUAUAAUCUGACAUUGAGAUUUAGUUGACAGUUACACCAAUCAGAUCAAUCUUUGCUGUACAGGUACAUAUGAGAAAAAGUAAAAUGGCAGCAAUAUUUUCCAGAUGCCAUAAAUCAAGUUGGUAUUUCAAUGAUGACUUUGAUUCUCCGAGUGCUUAGCACCUCCCUUAGCAUAGCUUUGUGGGCUCAGAUCUGGAAGCUGUCCUUCCAAUCAGAAUUACAUUGGUCAAGGCUUCAUCCUGUAGAACUUAUUUAGACACUGGUAGUGGGGAAGAAAGUAACUAUUGGAAUCUGACUAAUUUAUAAGUAGUUAUUAUGAGUUUCAAGUAGACAUUCAAAAGGAAAGGUUAAACUUAAAUGCAGUGAUGUUUUGAGAUGAAGCUGUUCAAAUUAUAAUUGGUUAAGAGGACAUGAUUAGAUAUAAGUUGUGUGUCUAUAUCAGAGAAGAUCAAUGCAUAAUAAAUAUAUUAGUUGGUCUA